CUCUAAGCUGUCAGCACAGAACCCGGAGUGGGGCUUGAACCCACUAACCGUGAGAUCAUGACCUGAGCAGAAGUCAGAUGCUUAACCGACUGAGGCGCCCCUGAAGCUGCAUCUUUACGGGGCAAAAGGGUUGUGUUGACAGCGUGGAGGGGCUAUGAUAAUGGGUUCUGCAGAGAAGCCUUCAGCCAUGGAGGGACCUGCACUCUACCUGGGUGGUGUGGGGCAUUGCUCUGACUGACAUGAUGACCAUUGUGCUGUGUUUCUGGUAGAAGUCAGCUUAAAACUUGCCCCACUUCUUCUGCCAAGGGCCCUCUUCCUCCUCAGAAGGAGGAACUUAGUUUAUUCUUUUUUUUUAAUUUAUGGUCACCAUGCCUGUGGGAGAGUCAAGGUGAUCGUGGGAAGCAGCAUGAUAACAGGAGGUAGGGCAACACUUGGAAUCUGCUGGACUUGGGUACAAAUCCAAGUUCUGUCCUUUAUUGGGGAAUAAGAUUAGAAUCCAUUUAAAUGAACAUUACAUCUCAGUGGGAUUAAGUAAAUGCUCCCAUCUCUUUUCCUGCAGGCUGUGAACAAGAUCUCAGCAAGGUCUUGGAGCUGGGCAAAGAGACUCAAGGGUCCAGAGUCUGGAAGGGUCCAGAGUUGGAAGAGGGGCAGGGGAAAUUGUUUUCCAACUGGCUGAGAAGAUGGGUCUGUCUGCAGGUGCAGCUGCUGGAGGGCUAGUCCCUCGGGCUGAGCCGCAGCCCCCACACUGCACAGGAGGAGACAGACUUAGAGCCAGCUCAGAGGCUGCUCCCCUGCCAGAUAAAGAUCUGUGACUGGCAGCUUCAGAUCGACCGGCCUUCCUGAUUCCUGUUCCAGGGCAAAGGUCACUCAGCCAUUUGAAUCGUCCUUUUUUUUUUUUUUUUUUCUUCCUCUCCAGCUUUGUUUACCUUAUAAGGAAGGUCAACAUUACCAAGUCGAAAGUGCCUGUUAUCUUCCCCUCGGUUUCAACAAAUAGUUCCCUGAGCCAGAACAGUCGGUGUGAAAGAUGGCUGGGCAUUCAAUCUUGCUGGCCGCUGUCUCAGUCUUGUCCGCCUGUCAACAAAGUUAUUUUGCUUUGCAUGUAGGAAAGGCAAGAUUGAAAUACAAAGUUACAGCCCCAGCAGUCUCUGGGUCACCAGAGUUUGAGAGAAUAUUUCGUGCACAACAAAACUGUGUGGAGUUUUACCCCAUAUUUCUGAUUACAUUGUGGAUGGCUGGAUGGUAUUUCAAUCAAGUUUUUGCUACCUGUCUGGGUCUUGUGUACAUAUAUGCCCGUCACCAGUAUUUCUGGGGAUAUUCAGAAGCAGCUAAAAAAAGGAUCACCGGGUUCCGGCUGAGUCUGGCGAUUCUGGCCUUGCUGACAGUCCUGGGCACCCUGGGGAUUGCAAACAGCUUUCUGGAUGAAUACAUGGACCUCAAUGUCGCCAAGAAACUGAGACGCUUCUAACGUCCCCCCCUCCCUUUGCCCAAAUGCUAGCAGAAGCUGUUUCCACCCUGAAGGUUAUAUGGAGUCAAUCAAUUUUUAAAAACAAAAGUCUUUCUUUUGUUUUUCUUGAAAUGGCUUUGUAGGACCAUACCUGUUAGAGAAUACAUUCCUGUUUAAGAAGUGAA